CAAAUUCAAAUUAUAUGCUUAAAUUAGUUAACGCAGAACGCCAAAAGAAUAAUUUACCUGCUGCUCAAAAACAUACUGAUUAUAUGGCAAGAAUUAAAAUGUUAACUCAUAAAGAAAAUUUAGAUAUUGGUGCUAGAAUUAAAGCACAAGGUUAUGAUUGGACUUUAUGUGGAGAAAAUAUUGCUUCUGGGCAAAAAAAUGAAGACGAAGUUAUGAAAACAUGGAUGAAUUCUCCACUUCAUAGACAAAAUAUACUUAAUAAAGGAUUCAAAAAUUUGGGCGUAGGAUAUUCAAGUAAUGGUAAUUAUUGGACUCAAGAUUUUGGCACUACAAAAAAAUAA